AUGUGCGACGCGCCACAGCCGCAGUCCACACCGCCGAAGCAGCAGCAGCAGCAGCAGCAGCAGCAGCAGCAGCAGCAGCAGCAGCAGCAGGGGGAGCAGCAGGAGGAGCAGCAGCCGCCCGAAGACGGUGGAGCGAGCGGCGGCCCGGACCCUGACAGGCGCCCCGCAGGAGGCGACGGCGCACCCGCGCCGCUGAGCGCAGCCGAGGGCCUGGCGGCGCUGCGGCUGUACACGGAGUCCCUCGGCCGCUACGGCGGGCGCGGCGCGUUCAUGGCGCCGUGCUACGGCGCGGGCGCGCUGCUGGAGGCGUUUGUGCGGCUGGCGGCCGUCAAGGGGGCAGUGUCGGUGCUGAGGAUGGGCCUGGCGGGCCUGGUGGUGGAAGACGAGGAGGCAGAGGGCGCGGCGGCGGCCCCAGAGGGCGCAACGGCGCCAAAGAGCGCAGCGGCGGCAGCCGCAACCGCGGCAGAGGGCGCGGCGGCGGGCCCAGAGGGCGCGGCAACGGCGGCAGCAACGGCGGCAGAGGGCGCGGCGGCUGCCCCGGGGGGCGCGGCGGCCGCGGCGACGGCGGCGGAGGGCGCGGCGGCGGCCUCACAGAGCGCGGCGGCGGCGGCGGCGGAGGGGCCGCGGUGCAGGGGCGUGGUGCUUGGGACAGGGCAGGUGGUCCGCACAGAUUGGGUGGUGGGGGGCCCCGAGCUCGCGCAGGCGUGCGGCGCAGCACUUGGGGGCCACAGCGGCGGCGCGGGAAAUGGGGCAGCGGCGGUGGCGCCGGCGUUCGCGCGUGCGGUGUGCGUUCUGGACGGGCCGCUGCGGGAAGGGGAGGGCUCGCUGCUGCUCGUCGCGCCGCCGGGCGGCUUCGCGGACAGCGGCGACGGCGGCGGCGGGUGGCGGCGCAACUGUGUGGUGCGCGGGCUGAUGCUGGGGCCGGCGCUGCAGGUGGCGCCGCAAGGCAGGUUCCUGCUGUAUUUGUCAGCCCUCCUGCCUGCUGGCGCCGCCGCGGCAGCAGCUUCCUCGGGCCUGCCAGCUGGCGCGCCGGCUGCCGAGCAGCUGCUGCGGCCGGUGGUGGAGGCGCUGACGCUGACGGAUGGUCUGCGGCGAGUGGGGGCCGGGGGCGGGGCAGACGAGGCGGCGGCGCCGGGCACGAGCGGCGAUUCAGCGCCGGCUGCGGGGCCGCGGCGGCCGGCAGCGCUCGCGGUCGCAUACUAUACACAGCGGCUGGACUCGGCGGCCACGGACGCAUUCGAAGACACUGGGCCGCCUGGAGGCAGCGGUGACGCCGGCCGAGGCGGCGGGGCCACGGCAGCAUUGAGAGGCGUUGUCGCGUGCCCCGGCCCCGACGGGCGUCUGGCUGGCUACUCUUCGGUGCUGUCAGCGGCGGAGGCGCUGUUCCGCCGCCGCUUCCCCGGCCUGCCGUGGCUGUCCGACUCCCCGCCUUUCGCGCCCGAAACCGCGCGCGGUGGGGACGGCGGCGACGGUGACGAAGCAGGGGCGACGCAGCCGCACGGCGGCGCGGCGGCAGAGGAGGGUUCAGACAGCGGCGGCGGCGGCGGCGGCGGCGGCGGUGCGUAUGGUGGGGAUGACGGCGAUGAUGAUGACGAGGCGAUCGAUGAGCUGCAGGCGGCGCUGCUGGAGUUGGGGAUGUCGCUGCCGGGCGGGCCAGAGGGCAGCCUGGAGGACUCUCGCGGCAAGACUCAGGCUCCCUAG